CUCUCCCCUGCUCACUUCACCCUCGAAAUGUCUAAUACUUUGACCGAAGUGACAUCCGCAGUCACCACUGCACUGUCCAAGUUACCCUCCCCCGAAUCCAUUGACAAUGCUGCUCGCAUGCAGCUUCUUGGAGCUUUGGACAAGUUGCGCGCUGCGCUGGAGCCUCCACCGGUGACCCUUCUCAAUCACUGUUUCUCGUUCUGGGCGCUCUCAGUGAUACGAGUCGCCCAAGGCAUGGGUAUCUUCGACGCCUUCGCUGUCGCUGAGGGCACCAAGCAACUGACGCUGGAUGAGCUGAACAGCCGAACCAAAGGCGACAAGGAGCUUCUGUUCCGCGUCAUGCGCUACCUCUGCGCUCAGAAGAUCUUCACGCGACCCAGCCAAGAGAGCUACCAACCCGGGCCUCUCGCCUCGCAACUCUCCUCUGGUCUGCCCACCGCGAAUCUCAUCAAGCACUUCUAUCUGCACAUGCGCACAGCCGCCCACCUCUACGAGUACUUCGAAGCGAAAGACUACCGCAACCCCGCCGACGCUUGCGACGCCCCCUUCCAAUUCGCGCAAUGCACCAGGCAGCACCACUUCGACUGGCUCACCGAGCAUCCCGACGACCAAGAAGCGUUCAACUCCACCAUGUCGAUGACGCGCACCGCCGACGGGAUCGAAUGGUUCAACUUCUACCCGGUCGAAGAAAAGCUGCAGGUCGCCUCGCCGGACCGGACGCUGCUCAUCGACAUCGGCGGCGGCAUCGGCCACGACAUCAGCGCCUUUAAGCAGCGCUUCCCGCAGCUCCCGGGCCAGCUGGUCCUGCAGGACCUGCCCCAGGUCAUCAACGACAUCCCGAGCCCGCUCGCGGGCAUCGCCGCGCAGAGCCACAGCAUGUUCGACGCGCAGCCGGUCAGGAACGCCAAGGCGUAUUAUCUGCGGACCGUCCUGCACGACUGGCCCGAUAAGCAGGCGUUGGAGGUGCUGACGCGCAUCCGCGAGGCGAUGGCUGAGGACUCCGUGCUGCUGAUCAACGAGCACACGCCGGCUGCCGGGGGCGAGCUGUCGCCGAUCGCGGCCGCGUUGGACUUGCAUAUGAUGCAGACCUUCUCGGCCUUGGAGCGCACGGAGGAGCAGUGGGUUGCGCUGCUGGAGAAAGGAGGGUUCCGCGUGGUGAAGGUGUGGAAGCCGCAGCAGGAGGGAUUGCAUUUGACUACCACUGCUGCGCUUUACGAGGCUGUCCCGCAAUGAGAGGAUCCGGGGGUGCUUGUACGUCUGAGCUGAUGAGUGAUGAUCUAUUGAUGGC